GCUCGGGUGUUCUGCUGGAUCCUACGCGAAGCUGUAGAAGCGCCGCUCUGGGCUCCGCGCCGAGGCUUUUCCCAUCCAUCCGCGCAUUCGAAGCCGAGUCGGAACUGUCUGGGAGGGCUCCUGCGGCUGACCGGAAGGAGCUGGGAGCCGACCGGAAGGGGAAACGGGGCGGGGAGAUCCGUCGGUGGGCCCUCUCCCGCUUGGCGUGAGGGCCGCCCGGCUUCCUGACGGCGCUUGUGGCCAGCCGCCCCGGAGAGACGGCGCCGGCAUGGCCGCGGUCGUGGAGUUCAAAACCUACGUGGAUCAAGCAUGUAGAGCAGCAGAAGAAUUUGCAAAUAUUUAUUACGAAACCAUGGAUAAAAGAAGACGGGUGUUAACCAGACUCUACACUGAUGAUGCAACUCUAGUUUGGAAUGGGAAUGCUAUAUCUGGCCAAGAUGCCCUUGCUAAAUUCUUUGAGAUGUUGCCAUCUAGUGAAUUUCAAGUUAACACGUUUGACUGCCAGCCUGUUCAUGAGCAAGCGACUCAGAAUCAGACCACCGUUCUUGUCGUGACCUGCGGGACUGUCAAAUUUGAUGGGAAUAAGCAACAGUACUUCAACCAGAACUUUUUGUUAACAGCACAGACCACGAAUAACAACACAGUCUGGAAAGUCAUGAGUGACUGUCUCCGUUUCCAGGAAUGUCCUUAUUAGUGGGGAGCAACAGUCAAUGUUUUCUUCUGGAUUUUUAUUUUUUUUAUAAAUACCCCUGGCUUUUGGGAUGAACCUAUUGUGUAUGGAAAUUCACCUGUCUCUCCACACCUCUUUGUACGCUCCACAGCUUCGUAACAGAAUAAAUUGUUUUUUAAUGGAA